CAGUUUUCAAGCAUAGGACAUUUAACAUUGAUAUUUUGAGUUCCAGAUAUUUCCAAUUCCGCGGCCCUCUCUAUAAUACUCUACUGUGUGUUUCCGCUACGCUUUUCUGUGUGUUUCUUCUACACUAAUAAGAUGGCGGAUUUUUGCGUCAGGGUACUAAUAGCCAAGUUUCCAUACUUUAUACUCACUGUGACUGUGCCGACUGUGGUAGUGUGAAGUGUGGUUUGGCUUUUGAUUUUGAGUGUCAAUCUGUUGAAUAAUAAUAAUAAUAAUUAUGUCUCAUUGUUAAUUUAAUAAUAUUUAGUAUUAUUACUGUUAUCUAAACAUUCAAGAAUUGAAUUUCUUGUAAAUGGUAAAAGUAAACCGUUGAAUAAAAUAUUUUUAUAAUCACUACUUUAACUGCUAGCUAACCCAUUCAGGUAUUUUGUGGUUAUAUCCAAACAACCGAGAUGGGAGAACAGCAAAUUGUGCUAGAUAAAUCCAUGAGAUCAGUCUUUGUGGGAAAUAUACCUUAUGAAGCAACAGAAGAGAAACUCAAAGAAAUUUUCAAUGAAGUCGGACCUGUUCUUUCUUUCAAAUUGGUAUAUGAUCGAGAAACUGGAAAACCCAAAGGUUAUGGAUUCUGUGAGUAUAAAGAUCAAGAGACAGCGCUCAGUGCCAUGAGAAAUCUGAAUGGAUAUGAGAUUGGCGGUCGUAUGCUGAGAGUAGACAAUGCCUGCACGGAAAAGUCGCGUCUUGAAAUGCAGAGUCUUAUGCAGGGUCCUCCUGUUCAGAAUCAGUAUGGAGAAUCAGUGGAGCCUGAAAAGGCUCCAGAAGCGAUCAGCAAGGCAGUCGCAUCCUUACCACCUGAACAGAUGUUCGAGCUCAUGAAGCAGAUGAAAAUUUGUGUUCAGAACAAUCCAACCGAAGCCAGGAACAUGUUACUUCAGAAUCCGCAGUUGGCAUACGCAUUGCUGCAGGCUCAGGUGGUCAUGAGAAUUGUAGACCCGGCAACAGCUGUGAGUAUGCUGCACAAGACAAACCCAGUGCCCCAGCCACUGCAAGCAGCCGAAGGUAACAACCCGCCCCCGCCCCCACCACCGCCACAACCGAGGCCAGCUGGAAUACCACCGCCCCCCAUCAACGAGCCCCACUGGAGCCCGAUGGCUCGCAACGCAGCCCCUCCACCCCCGCCGCCACCACUUCCCAAUGCGCCGCCUCCGCAACCUUAUGGUGCAAUGAAUCAAGACAUGGACAUGAGGUCGAUAGAUCCACGCAUGGGACCGCGUGUUGGAGACCAAGAUAUGCGCAUCCCUCCCACUGUGCCCCCGAUGCCCCCCGCGCCAGUCAUGCCACCGCAUCGUGACGCUUUUGCUCCUCAAGAUCAAUUACCUCUGGAUAAAAACACACAAGAAAGCACCAUACCUCCUCAGGAAUUUAUGGAGAGCUUUCCCCGGGACCCUCGAGCAUACCAAAGAGACCCCAGAGCAGGAAUGGUGCCUCCUCCUCCGCCUCCGGUUGCAAUGCCGCCGCGCCCAGUCGCCGCCCCCGGCCCUGUGUUGCCACCUCCGCCGCCCCCCGGACCCCAACCUCCUCAACUGUCAUCCGCCAUCAGUGCCGGAGCACGACUCACUGCCGGAAUUCCGUCCGGUGCUACUGACCAGGAGAAGGCUGCUUUGAUAAUGCAGGUAUUGCAACUAUCAGAAGAGCAGAUAGCCAUGCUUCCGCCAGAGCAACGUCAAAGUAUAUUGGUGCUCAAAGAGCAAAUAGCAAAGAGCACACAUCGCUAGAUAGUUUUGUGAAAGAAAUAUUUUUCCCAUAUCCUAUUCUACAGUUGACUUGAUAUUGGAUUUUAUUUGUAACUUAUAAAAUUAAAAACUAAUCCCUUCUUUCAGCUG